UACGUCAUACACAAACAUUCAUCACAAGAAGAUCAGUCAUAUUCAACAAAACCCAAAACAAAGUUAAACUUAUCGAGAUAUUUUCGAAGUUUGUGAAUUUAGUUGCCAAGAAAAGAGUACAGAAACACAGAAAAUGGACAAACAUCUUUUUAACCUGAGAUUUGCUGCUAAAGAUUUAGAGAGAAAUGCCAAGAAGUCAGAAAAAUCAGAAAGAGAUGAAAAAAAUAAAUUAAAGAAAUCUAUAGCCAAAGGUAAUAUGGAAGGUGCAAAGAUUCAUGCUGAGAACGCCAUUCGUCAAAAGAAUCAGGCUUUAAAUUAUCGCAGAAUGGGAGCUAGAAUUGAUGCCGUAGCUCAACGUGUACAAACAGCUCUAACCACAAAACAAGUGACAAGUUCUAUGGCAGGAGUAGUAAAAUCUAUGGAAUCAGCUAUGAAAUCUAUGAAUUUGGAAAAGGUGUCUCAGUUAAUGGAUAGAUUUGAACAACAGUUUGAGAAUUUAGAUGUCCAGUCCCAAGUAAUGGAGAGUACAAUGUGCAAUACAUCUACAUUAACAACACCACAGAACCAAGUUGAUAGUUUGAUGCAAGAAGUAGCAGAUGAGGCAGGGCUAGAGUUAAAUAUGGAUUUACCACAAGCCCAGGGAUCAACAAUAGGAACAGCAUCAUCUACACAAGCUUCAACAGAACAGGAUGAAUUAUCACAGAGGUUAGCCAAACUACGUCAGAUGUAAAUAAACACAAUCUAUGGAACAGAUUAUACAUGAUGUACAGAAUUAAAAAAUUAUCAGACUAUUGGUAGUCUGAAUCCAGAAACUAUCGCUAUACUUUAAAUCAGGGCUCACAUUUCAGCCAUAUUUACCUGCCUGGACUGAUUGCCUGUGAAUUUGACCGAUUAUAGAACUUAACCGUAGGUCAAUUUAUACAUGCCAUGAAAUUAAAAUUUCACAGAAUUUGACCUCAAAAAAACAGAUUUUCGGUGUAAAAACACUUAAAAAUAUACAAGAAAAAUUACGACAAAUUUAAAAAAACUGUAAUGUUCCGUUGGAAAAAAAUGUGUCUUGUUAAUCUGAAGUAAACAAAAUACUUCAAAUGUCAAUAAUAAGCUGGCUGUUAAAGUUUUGAAGUGGUAGUCCUUGUUUAAGUAUUUAUGAUAAAAGAGUGCAUCGGAAAUCAAAAGCAAACUGAAACAUGGCCCCGAGUUCACAAAGCAUUCUCAGACUCAAGUUAAGAAUUUACUCAAAAUUGUUUGCCUUAUUUUAAAACAACAAAAGCUUUAUAAUGGGCUAUACUUUAGUUAAUUUAUCAAAUACAUCAAUGAGUUUUGUGUUUCUGGAUCGAAGAUAUUUCUCAUAAACAGUGAUUGAAAGUUGAGUAAAUUCUUAAGUCUGAGAAUGCUUUGUGAAAUCAUGGCCAGAUAAUUACAUGUCAUAUUUCUCAGUGUGUGUUCAUUUUUCUGAAAUUUUUUAGUGAAAAUAUUUCUCAUCUCUUCAUUUUAUAAUUCUGUGCCGAACAAAAGAUUUGUUAUUUUGUACAGUAAAUUGUAGCUCAAUGAAGGUACAGUUGACAUACAACAAUGCCUUGGUAGAUAUAUAAUAUAAUAUACCUAUGUAUGUGAAUAUUAACCACUACAGACUUCAAACACAAGACACACUUGUAUGAGAAUUAAUUUAGAAUUUUUAUUCCCUAUGUAGUUGUCUUUCAUAAAUAUUCAACUACUACAUAUAAAACUAUGGGAAACAUGCUCUUGGAAUAUUUAUGCACAAUGUUUGAAGAAGUGUUCCACGCCAUUUUUGAUAAAAUAUCCAGUGACCAAAAAUAAAACUACAGACAAAAAUAUUCUUUUACUUUAAAAUCAACAGAUCCAAUAAAAAUCAAUGAUGGAUUCUUAGACAUUAUUGUGCAUAGAAUUGACUUCUUUUUCUGUAGAUAGACAUUCUUUUUGAGUCAGAUUUUAUAUCAAGAUUGUCAAUAUUAGCAAAAAUAUCUGUUUUAUUAUUGAAUUUCUUCCUUCUUUUUUUUUGUAAUGAUUUUAUUUUUGUCGAUUAACAAAAACAAAUUUUUUAUUAUUGAAUUGCUUCCUUCUUCACUUUUUUUUAGUCGAUUUUAUUUGUGUCGAUAUAUUUGUUUUCAUUUCUAGUUUAAGGCCAAACCAAUGUAAUUUUCAGUUCUUCAGGAGGCUUGAUAAAUAAAUAGCCACUUGAAUCACAUGAAAGAUGUUUAAUUUAAAAUUUUAAAAUUUCAAAAUUUCAAAAUUUCAAAACUUUUCAAAACUUCAAAACUUUAAAAUUUCAAAAUUUCAAAACUUUAUAAUUUUAAAAAUUUCAAAACUUCAAAAUUGAGAACUAAAAGUUUGUUUAUAAUUUCAAAAUAUAAAAAUUUAAAACUAAAAGCUUUUAAACAGUGCAAUGAAGUACUUUUUGUUUUAAAUUAGUCAUUUUCCUGUAGAAAUAAGAAGCUAAAUUUUAAAAGGUUUUCCCGAAAAACAGAAAAUUCAUUUGGUGUGUUGUUAUUGUUACUGUAAUAAAGUGUGAAAACCUUUACUUUAUGCAAGCCUGGAAAUAAGGCACCUGUCACAGACAAUGUCAGAAACAGAUUCAGGCUUUGUCAGACACAAAACCUCUGGUACCUGUCAUUUUGUCCGGCACUGAUUUGUCUUUUUAUUGAUAUUAUUAAUACAUGUCCAGUACUAAGUUGAAAAUGUCACAUACUAUUUAAUUAGUGCCUGACAUUUUGUCAGGUACAUCUAAAACCGUUAUUUCCAGGCCGGCUGUGUAUGAUUUAAUCUUUCAUCCCAUUAUCCUCAUGUAUCAUAGAUAGAAUAUUGUAUUUUAUUGUCACUUCAGCCUAUUCUUAUUAUUGAAACACUGAAUUCAUAAAUUAAUCCUUUUGUUGUUGUCAACAUUCUGAAAUAUAUUAUCCUGCUUAUCUGCUGUUCCUAUUAAUUUGAUUCUGACUUUCAUCCGAUGUUGUAAACCGAAAGAGUAUAAACAAUCGAUAAAGAUACCUAUGGAGGGAUGUAGAUAACAAGGGAAAUGGCGAUCAAAAUGAUGGCCUUAUUUUUACUAAACAGGUUACAGAUUUAUUUAUUGGUCUACAGAUAAAAUCUAGCGUACAGAACAGGUCCUAAUCAUGUAGGAUUUAUACUGUUAACUGAUUAUCACUUGUGUUUCUCCAAAUAGCUUGAAUCAACUGGCGUGGUUUCGAAUCCCCAGUUGUACGUGACAAGGAGUAGGGUCGUUUUGUCCAACCUCAUGGGUUUUCUCCGGGUCCUCUGGUUUCCUCCCAUUGCUAAAGACCCCUACACGCAAGCAAAUGUUUGAAAUAAAAUUGAACCAUGUGUUAGUCUCGAACUGACCUAGUUUCUCCCUCUCACUCUCUCCAAAUAGCCCAUAUCGUUCUCAACCAGACCAAAACCAAGAAUGACCUCUAUGACUUAUCCUUUAUAAGACUUUUACUAACAUUCAAUCCGCUAGCGUGACUCAGUCUUAAUAUAAGGAAACUUGUGUCACAGGUUUAGGGUAGUCGUUUAUCUUGGCAUCUCUGGUAGAAUGAAAGUUAAAUAUGAUGAUCAUAUUGUUUUAUUUAGCACCUAUAUGCUUGUGAUUAAAAGAUUAAUGGUUAUAUUGUAAUGAUUAACUGGACUAGUUAAGUAAUGGUUAUAUUGUAAUGAUAAACGAUAAGGAAGUAAUGGUUAUAUUGUAUAGUAGUCUAUGGUUAUUUGUGUAAAAUAUUAAAUAUUGUGAGUUUGUUUUUAUUGUAUUGUAAAUAUUAUGAUUUAAUAAUAUAACUUUAACAUUUUAUACUCGUAA